GCUGCAAAAAGGACGCUUGCAGCCAAAAUGUAUUCGCGUUUGAUAUGUUUUCUCGUGUUUUUAAUAGUACAGUUAAGUUAUUGUGAACUAUCUACGAUCGACGAUGUGCUGGGAUGUCGUUUAGAAUCGGGUGAAUUAGUUGAUUGGUACUACCUGUACAAACUGCCGAAAGAGUCUUCCGAGCGGGAUUCUCCGACGAAUGGUUUGCGUUAUACGUAUGUGUCAUCGCAGGAUGAUGCUGGAACGGGUACUCCUUUGCAAUGGCACUCUGCCCGAUACGACGUGAACCAAACCGCAAGUGCACCAGCGCGCACGAUCAUACCCUCGACGCAGCAUCCAACCACCACUCUCACGAUCAUGUACAACGAUGAGCCAACGAACGGACCGGUUGAUAUGGAACGUGGCCAUACGAAGGGAGUAGUCAGUACGGACGGUACCACCGGCUACUGGUUGAUUCAUUCUGUCCCAAAGUUUCCACCCGUAAUCGGUGUCGAUUACAGCUAUCCACACACCGGCAUGCUUUACGGACAAAGCUUUCUGUGCAUUUCGCUUGACGCCACCCAGAUGGAAACAGUUGCUCGCCAACUUCUCUUCAACGAAGUGACCGUUUAUUCCAAUAGUGUCCCAUCGACAUUAGCUACCCGGUUUCCCACGUUGAACCGUGCCGCCAAAAUGACACCGAUAAACAAAACGGCCCCAUUUUAUAGCCAACAAAUGUUACGAUCGCGUGCCGGUGUGGAGUUUGUUACGUUUGCGAAAAGUCGUCACUUUGGGAAGGAACUGUACGCGGACUGGAUUGCACCGGCAUUGGAUACGGGACUGAUGGUGGAAAGUUGGCAACACGGUACCGGUAAUUUGCCGAGUGAAUGUUCCGCUGGUCGUCGGCACAGUGUGUUGAAUGUGCGUGAAGUUUCCGUUGGACGGGAGGAUCGGUUUAGCACGCUGAAGGAUCAUUCGAAAUGGGCUGUUGGUGGUGCUGAGGAUGGUGGGGAGAAGGGAUGGAUUUGUGUUGGGGAUAUUAAUAGGCAGGAGCAUCAGAAACAACGUGGCGGUGGGAGUGUAUGUCAAGCGUCGGUAAACGUUGCCGCACUGUACCGAGGGAUGAUCGAUUCGGUUGAACCGUGUCCAAAGCCGUGA